GGCCACAAAUUGGUCCGACAGUGUGCUCGAAUAGGCAGGGAGUAAAUGGAGAAACGCGAGUGGGGCAAGACCGCCAUAUAGAGUCUGGGUCUCCCUUGCGAACCCCGCACAUACUCACCUCUGUCCUUCUCCUCCACCCUCUCGUCGUCCACGACGACGACCAUGACCUAGUCCUGCACACGCUCCUGAUGUCGGACACCUCCGUGCCAACUUCGCCCAAGGGCCCUUCAUCGAAAUUUCCGCCUCCACCCAAGCUCAAGCUUGAUGCCUUUAAGCCCAUCCUUUCCACCACUGCAACGAAUACGAGUUCCAAUUCUUCCUCUAAUCCCAGUACUGCUUUUGUCUUCACAUCUUCUCGCACAACCCAUUCCGGUUUGUCUUCAGCUUCCGGCUCUCCCGCAACUCCCCCAGCGUCCCCUUCUACCGACCUACUUUACGCUCAAAAGCCACGUCCGACCUUGACUGCUUCUCAGCUAGCCAGACAUUCUCUUGGGGCUCUUGAUGCACGAUGCAUCGUCGGGCCCAGUAUGCGUGCUGCAGGCUUCGUUCCCCUUGCCCAUAACCUCUCUCCACAUUCUUAUCCACAUCAGCAGGCGCAUCCGCUCUCCUCUCUUCCCACAUCUUCCGGAGACGGGGCGCCUUCUUCAUCGGGCAGCACAUCAACGGCGUUCCCUACGCCAACCGAUCCUCCACCGUUCCCUCCCAUCAUGUUCGUAAAUCCUACUGCUGUGACUGCGGUACCAAUGUGGGAUUACCAGAAGCAAUCGGGAUGGAGCACGUCCGGAGGUAAGAAUGUGGUCGGUCUCAGCAUUAGUUCACCACAGUCAUCUUCGGCCUCUCCCUUGGGUCCCGCCUUCGUUCCAAUGUCUGUCUCGGAGGUCCAACCCUCGACCCACCAUCUUCAAUCUGGUGAAAGUUACUCUUCGAGCGCCAUGUCUUCUCGCUCUGCUUCUUCUGCCGGUAUUUUUUCUCCGAUCCCUUCCUCGUCCUCCAUGUCCAGCGUACCCAGUGCUCUCAGUGAACUUGUUGCCGAAGAAAGCCUUAGACAGAAAUCAGUCACUCGGACCUCCAGCUCGAUUGGAACUCAUUCUCCGCUUCCGGUAGUCGAUGGUUAUCCCUUCCCCCAUACGCCACCUCGCUCUCGUACAGAGUCUCGUUCCCCCGCGAUUUCGACAGCCAGUUCAACAGGGAUAAGUGCGUACACCACGGCUACUGAAAGGUCUCCUUUGUCAACGUACGCCAUCCCCGUCGACGAUUCUACGUCAGUCGCAAGUAGUGUUACCUCUGCUUCAUGGAAACGUACAUCUACUAUUCGCGGAGAUGUCUCUGCAGCUAGACCCUUACCGGCACCCGUGCAGGCCGUUGGCACGAAACCACCCUCGUUCCGCCAGUCCGCUCGUAUGGCCAAAGAAGGCAACCGACCUUCUUCUCAGGUGUCACAACUGAGUUUGACAGAGCUAUGCGAUCGCUCUUCCAGAGCUUGGGUCGCGGAGCCGGAUGUUUAUGGACCAUUCUUGCCUAAGAAUCGGUCGGAAAGCUUUUCUGGUAGCUCUGUUUCAGGAUCGAGCUCAAGUGGCAAAGCGUCCAGAGGCAGGUCUAGGGCUCACAGCGGAAGUUCAGAGAGUGAUAACACUUCGCCUCCAGAGCGACGACAGAAGGACACAGUCGAUGCCCCUGUUGAUCUUGCUGGUGCGAAGUUGAUGAGGAAGCAGAGUUCUAGUUCGGAGGAUAAGGUCGGCGCCGAAACUCGAGCCAAAUUAGAACAAGGUCGCGAGUGGGAUCGGCUCAAGCAGCAGGAUAACAAACAAAAGGAUAAGCACCGAACCAAGCAAGCUUCUCAGGGCUCUGUCGUUGGUUUGUCAAAGGAUAAAAGCCGCAGCAAGAAACAUCGUACGCAUUCCGCUGCACAGUCUCGUCCUGUCGCCUACUCGUCGUUUUCCUUCCCGCCCACCUUGUCCGUGAAGCCUUCGGCUCCGCAUCGUCUUGGAGAGCAAGUAGAUCAUGUUCCCGAGCCUCGUGAACAUCUCAAACAACCUUUGAUAAAGCUACAUCCCAGCUCCAAGGAACGCCGUGAGCGCGAGAGAGCACAUCACAAGGGGAAGGACCUCGGUGCGCUUGUUCAAGCCCAUCGUCUACACGACCGCGAGCAAGCACGCCAAAGCGAACGAGAGCACCGGGAUGAUCGUGAGCGCUCCGAGAUCGAAGAUAACAGUAAAUCUGUUGAAAUCGACGAUAAUUGGGGAAAAUUCUACAAAGUAAGCGCCCUUUAUAGUCACGACGUCAUCAAACCCUCACUGACAUCUUGUUUUAAACAUGAAGCAUUCUCCUCGCGCAAACUAUCCUACGACAGCUAUAAGUGGAGGCCGAAUGUCGUCGUAUGCCAAUGAUCCCACGAGCGAUGGACAGGCCAUGCUCGACCUCGAACUUCUCCAGACACCAGUGUGAAUCCAGUUCUCAGUCUCCUCUCUAGACGUUCCAAAUUCUCUCCAAUGUUCCAUUUGUUCGUUCGCCGCUCCGCAAGAUUCAUGACAGUAUUUCUGCUCCAACACAUCUCACGAUGGCGCCGGAUCGCCUCCACAGCCUGUCUCAUGUUGCAUUGUCACCCUGGACUUAUCUCGGAUGUACAAGGGCUUCAGCCACAGUGCACUGGUCAUCAUACGUCAACCCAUCCGGCUCUUGUAUAAUUUUUUCAUCGCAUUCAUCUCAUCUCUCGAACAGAACGUCCCCGUUAUGAAACGAUUUUUCCUCAUUUCUCGGACAGAUUCGUGCCUGCAUAUGUACUUUUAUCAAACAUAUUCUUCACCCUGCAUUCUUAUAUUGACUCCUUCUGCUUGUCAUCUUUGCUCUUCUUCGGUUUUCUGUCGUCUUUAUAUCGCUUUUGGGUUUCGUGUCGUGUUGCUUCCUCCUAAGUCCACUGUACAUUUUCUCACAUUCCUCCGUCACACUAUACCUGCUACGAGGAUAUCCCCACAUACAUGUCCUCUCCGUCUUUGCCUAAGAUAUUUAUCUAGACAUAGUUUGGCACUGUACUUGUAUCGGCUGCAUAUUUGUGUAUCUUUAAUAUUGUAUAACCGUCCCCCUUUAAGGACGUGUCGGUAUACAUGUUGCCCUUCGUACACCUUU